GUGUAAGUGUCCCUUGGUUCACGAGAUCGUUGAGAGCGAGGGAGGCGACGGGAAAAGGCAUACUUCUAUAUACUUUAAGAAAAAGUUUCCUCUUCGCGGUUGGAAUUUUGUUUAUUUGGCCUGUAGUGGUGUUUUUCAAGAUCAGGCAGUAAACAUUCUGGGUCAUGUUAGGAGAAUUCCUGGCGUGGAUCGGGGCGGCUCUGGGGCCAGCGGGGUCGUGCCUGCUCGCUCUGGUCGUCCUCCUGCUCGUCUUCUCGCCCGCUGGUCGUCCCAAAAACUUCCCGCCAGGUGUACCGAUGGUGCCAGUGUUGGGCUCCUUACCGUUUACGAGAGGAACAGUCUCGCGGUCCCUAUUGAACUCGCUGAGGAAGAAAUACGGAGACCUGGCAAGUUUCGGCAUCUUCAACCGGAAGGUCGUUUUGGUCAGCAACCUGAAGACCAUCAAGGAAGUGUUUUCGCAGCCGAAGACAGCCAGUCGGCCGGAGCUGUUUCUCACAACCGUUAGGAAUAAUUUACUCACGGACGGCAGACACACAUUCUUAGGGAUUCUUGGGUCGUCAGGAGAGCUGUGGCAGGAACAAAGGCGCUUCGUCCUGCGCCAUCUGAGGGACUUGGGCUUCGGCAAGACCAGCCUGGAGCCGCUCAUGAUCCUCGAAGUCAACGAGCUGAUGGACCACAUCGCGCAACAGAGGGAUAAGCCGAUUGUCAUGCAGCGCUUCUUCAGCCGGUCUAUUAUUAACGUGAUCUGGGCGAUGGUGAUGGGUAAGAGGUACUCCUACGACGACGCCAGACUGGCCACCCUCCUGAAGACGUUCAUCGCCCCGGCCGACAUCAACUUCCUCUCUCCUCUCCACUUCAUCCCCGGCGUGCUCAAGUUCGCUCCGUACUUGCCCUUCCUGAAGAAAGACGUCAAGCCAUUCAUCAGCGUUACCAAUUUCAUCAAGCACGAAGUGGAAGAAUUCCAGCGGGACGAGACGGCGAGGAAUAGCGACUGUCUGGCGGCUUUGUAUUUGCGAGAGAUUGAGGAGCACAAGAACGAGCCUUCCUUCUUUCACAUGGAUCAGAUGGUAGCCGUGAUUUUUGAAAUGUUCGUUGGCGGAAGCGAGACCACAUCGAGCACCCUGACCACGGCGGUGUACCUGCUCGCCAAACACCCGGAGGUCCAGAAGCGAGUCCACGAGGAAUUGGACAGCGUGGUGGACCGAGACCAGCUGCCGUCCUUCUCCCAGCGGGACCAGUUACCAUACACACAAGCCACUAUACAUGAAGUGCAAAGGACGCUAAGCCUAGUGCCGUUCAACUUGCCUCACGAAACGGUGGAAAACCUCACUGUUAAUGGCUAUGUCAUCCCCAAAGGAACAAUUCUCAUCGCCAAUAUCCAGGACUGCAUGAAGGACCCCGCCUUGUGGAGGAACCCAGAUGAGUUCGACCCGAGGAACUUCCUUGAUGACGAGGAGAAUUACAAACGAAAUGAGGCUUCUAUGCCCUUUGGGUCAGGCAAGAGGCAGUGCGUGGGAGAGCCCUUGGCCCGCCUCGAACUCUUCCUCUUCUUCGCCUGUCUCAUGCAGCGCUUCCACUUCUACGACGCGGUCCAGGAAUCCUCCAGCAGCAGCAACCCACUCUUCGCAGCCGUGCCGAAGUACACAGUGAGGGCUAAAGCGAGAUGCUGGUGGCAGGGUGGUCAUUGCGUACUAUUGGCUCGCAACACAGACACACAGUCUCCAAAAUCCACUCAGCCCAUCGCUUCCACGAUCGACCAUAACUUCAAACCUGGUAGGUCUGGUGUGGUGUGGUCUGAAAUGGUCCUGAAAGAAAUUGAUCUAAGGGCCCCGUUUCAGUAUGUAGAGUUGAUUAUAGAGUGUAUUAACUGUAUACGUAAAUUGUGUCCUGCGUCUUGUAAAAUAAGAGAUGUCAUGUUAGGAGAAUUCCUGACGUGGAUCGGGGCGGCUCUGGGGCCAGCGGGGUCGUGCCUGCUCGCCCUGGUCGUCCUCCUGCUCGUCUUCUCGCCCGCUGGUCGUCCCAAAAACUUCCCGCCAGGCCUGCCGAUACUUCCCGUAGUGGGCUCCCUGCCAUUUACGAAGGGAACGGUCACGAGGGCUCUACUUAGAUCCCUGAGGAAGAAGUACGGAGAUCUGGCAAGCUUCAGUAUCUUCAAUCAAAAGGUUGUUUUAGUCAGCAAAUUGAAGACUAUUAAGGAAGUGUUCUCGCAGGGGAAGACAGCAGGGCGCCCUUCGCUGUUCAUCCUUAACAUCAGAAACCAAUUGCUGACAGAUGGGAAGCACCCGUCUCUUGGGAUUCUUGGCUCGUCCGGUGAGUUGUGGCAGGAACAGAGGCGCUUCGUCCUACGCCAUCUGAGGGACCUGGGCUUCGGCAAGACCAGUCUGGAGCCGCUCAUGAUCCUCGAAGUCAAGGAACUGAUGGACCAUAUCUCGCGGCACAAAGAUAAGCCGAUUGUCAUGCAGCGCUUCUUCAACCGAUCCAUCCUGAACGUGAUCUGGGCGAUGGUGAUGGGUAAGAGGUACUCCUACGGCGACGAAAAGCUGGCCACCCUCCUGAAGGCGUUCAUCGCUCCGGCUGACAUCAACUUCCUCUCUCCUCUCCACUUCAUCCCCGGCGUGCUCAAGCUCGCUCCGUACUUGCCCGUUCUCAAGAAUCAAGUUAAGCCGCUUAUGAACAUUGCCAACUUCGUCAAGAAUGAGCUGAAGGAAUUCAGGAACAGCGAACGAGCGAAGACGAGCGAUUGCCUGACGGCUCUGUAUCUGCGAGAAAUCGAGGAGCGCGAAGGCGAAUCUUCCUCCUUCCACUUGGAUCAGCUAAUAUGUGUGAUUUUCGAAAUGUUUGUUGCGGGAAGUGAGACUACAUCAAGCACACUGACCACGGCGGUGUACUUGCUCGCAAAACACCCGGAGGUCCAAAAAUGCCUCCAAGAGGAACUGGACAGGGUGGUGGACAGAGACCAGCUGCCGUCCUUCUCCCAGCUGGACCAGUUACCGUACACAAUGGCCACCAUACACGAGGUGCAAAGGACAUUAAAACUCGUGCCAUUCAGUCUCCCACACUCUGUGAUGGCAGAUGUCACAGUCAGUGGCUACACGAUUCCUAAAGGAACAAUGCUUAUUGGCAACAUGGAAGACUGUUUGGUGGAUCCCGCUUUGUGGAGGAACCCGAAUGAGUUCGACCCCAGGAACUUCCUCGACGAUGAAGGGAAAUACAAACGAAAUGAGGCUUUCAUGCCUUUUGGGUCAGGCAAGAGGCAGUGCGUGGGGGAGCCCUUGGCCCGCCUCGAACUCUUCCUCUUCUUCGCGUGUCUGGCGCAGCGCUUCCACUUCUACGACGUGAGCGAGGAACCCGUCAUCAACUACAACCCGCUCUUCUCGGCGCCACCAAAGUAUAGCGUGAAAGCAAAAGCCAGAUACUGAUAUAUGACGUGGCAGAUAACGUCCUUUGACGGUGAUGUCAGUUCUGCCGUUCUUUAUAUUAGGUGAACGCCAGAAUGAUUACUUUUAGAAUAUUGCAAAUAUAUGUCAACGAGGCAAAGCAACUUAAUGAAUUGGGUAGAUUAUUGCUGCACUGUUAUCAUUACUGUUUUAAAUAAUAUCUGUAUGAAUAUUGUUGUUAUUACUAUCAUCAUCAUUGUACAACUGUUUAUCUUAUUAUUAUUUUUAUCAUUAUUAUUACCAUUAUAAUUAUGAUUAUCAUGAUAAUCAUCACUUAUUAGUACAUUAUCAGUUCCUGUAUUAAUAACGAGAGAAAUCGUAUUGGAUCACUACUUCUAAAGAAUAAAGAUGGUCAAUAAGGCUUA